AUGGAGGCCGCGGCAGAGCUGCUGGUGAAUGCGGACUGCAUCACGGAUGUGGUGGAUGGCUACAGGUGGACCCCUCUGCAUCACGCUGCCGAGUGUGGGUUCGUGAAUAUCGUCCGUAUCCUGCUCGCGGGGAGAGCGGAUGUAAAUCGGAAAAACAGAGUUGGAUGGACGCCCCUCCAUUACGCCGUGUUCUGGAGGAAGGAGGCCGCGGCGGAGGCGCUGCUGGAGGCCGCCCCCGAAUGCGACGAGCCGGACGGUUGGGGCAGCACCCCCCUGCACUAUGCUGCAAUGAAUGGUCUCGCGCGGACAGUUCAAUCUUUGCUGUCGAGGGGUGCGCGUCUGAAGCUUAAAGACGAAGAUGGACACUGUCCCCUGUACUGGGCCCUGAUGCGUGGACACGACGGUGUGGCGAGAGUGCUCCUGGCGACGUACGCCUGGAAUAAUAUCGAGGUACAUUGGGAAGAGAUGCGGCUCUCGAAGGAUAAGGAGGAGCGCGGCGUCCGGCUGCUCUCCGAGUGCAAAGUCGAGAUGAGGGAGGCCCGGGUGGAGGGGUCCCGCCUCUCCCUCCGCGACCUCGCCCGGCGACACCCCUCCCGCCUGGCCCGGCGCCUCUCCGACGAGGCGAUCCGGCGGCUCUCGGACCGGGACCUCCUGGCGCGGGACUUCCCGCUCUUGGGCGACCUCCUCCUCGUCCGGCUGGGGGAGGUCCGGGAGAGGAGGGCCCUGGAGGACCGCUUCCUGCGCUGCUUCCCCCUCCUCUGCCCGCCCCUGCCCCCCACCUGCACCGACGUCCUCCUCGCGUGCCUGGCGGACGACGACCUGAGGCACUUCGCCCGGGCCGCGGAGCUCUAG